AUGGAAUCCGAGCUGAUCACGGAGAGCCAAGUCCAGUCCGUGUUCACGGAUAUCAGCAAAAUCCACAUCAGAGACCCCUCCAAUUACUACGUGAUUCCCAGUGUGCCAGGGCUGGCUCCCAACUCCGUGGCCUCCGCAGCCUGGCUGAGCAGCGAGGGGGAGGCUCUCUUUGCCCUUCCCUCUGCCUCAGGAGGGAUCUUUGUCCUUAAGCUGCCUCCUCCCGAUGCUCCAGGAAGCGUUUCCAUCGUGGAAUUGAAGCAGAGCUCGGUGGUGCAGCGUUUCCUCACUGGCUGGAUGCCGACUGCCAUCAGGGGCGACGGCGGCCUGUCGGAUGUGCCCGUCAGCCUCUCCGUGCACUGCCUGGAUCACGACGCCUUCCUCUUCGCCCUCUGCCAGGACCACAAACUCCGCAUGUGGUCCUACAAGGAUCAGAUGUGCCUGAUGGUGGCGGAUCUGCUGGAGUUCAUGCCGACUCUGGUUGACUUUGCCUUAACUUCGGCCGAGAUCUGGGCGCUGUGGCACAACGAGGAGAACCAAACCGUUGUGAAAUACAUCAACUUUGAGCAGAAUGUCGCGGGCCAGUGGAACCAGGUGUUUGUGCAGCCCCUGCCUGAGGAGGAGGUGACAGUCCGACACAACCAGGACCCCAGGGAAACCUACCUGGAGUAUCUCUUCAUGCCAGGCCAGUUCUCUAAUGCAGCUAUCCAGAAGGCUUUGCAGAUCUUUUCUCAAGGAACUGAGAGGCACCUGGAUCUGACGUGGGAUGAGUUAAGGAAAGAGGUCACCUUAGCCGUGGAAAGCGAGUUCCAGGGCAGCGUGACGGAAUACGAGUGCUCCCCCGAGGAGUUUUGGCAGCUGCAGGUGGAAUUCUGGUCCAAAUUCUAUGCCUGCUGCCUUCAGUACCAGGAAGCUCUUUCCCGGCCUCUGGCCUUGCAUCUGAACCCUUACACCAGCAUGGUGUGCCUGCUGAAGAAGGGCUCCAUGUCCUUCCUUGUGCCCUGCUCCUUGGUGGAUCAUCUCUAUCUCCUCUCCAACGAGCACCUCCUGACCGAGGACGAUGCUGCCAUCUUUGAAGAUUUGGAGAUGUCUCGUGAUGUUGUCUGUCUUGUCCAGUGCCUUCGCCUGAUCGGAGAAUCAAUUUCCAUGGAAAUGGCAUUCAUCAUGGAAAUGGCUUGCUCCCGCCUCCAGCCUCCAGAAAAGGCUGCAGAGCAGAUCCUGGAGGACUUGAUAGCUAAUGACACGGAAAACGUGAUGGAGGACAUUCACAGCAAACUGCAGGAGAUCAGAAACCCCAUCCACGCCAUCGGAUUGCUCAUCCGAGAGAUGGACUACGAGACGGACGCCGACAUGGAAAGAGCUCCGCACCUGGCGCUGCGGAUGAACCUGUCCCAGCUGUUCGGCAGCGGCACCGCGGCCCACGUGGUGUGCGGGGGGGUGGCCAAGAUCUCCAGCAUCCGCUUCCUCAUCUGCCGGGACCUGCUCAUCCUCCAGCAGCUCCUGCUGCGCCUCGGAGACCCUAUGGUUCUGGGAGGGGGACAGCUCUUCCAGUCCCAGCAGGACCUGCUGCACCGCACCUCUCCCCUGCUGCUCUCCUACUUCCUGAUCCGCUGGGCCAGCCAGUGCCUGGCCUCCGACGUCCCUGUGGACACGCUGGAAUCUAAUCUGCAGCAUCUCUCCGUGUUGGAGUUAGCAGACACCACGGCUCUGACACCACACAAGCUGGUAUCCGGCCCUCAAACCAUCGUGGAGCUCUUCUUUCAGGAAGUGGCCAGAAAACACAUCAUAUCCCGACUCUUCCUGCAACCAAACACCUCUUUGGCUGAGACAAGUUUGAACUGGCCCCACCUCAUCACCUCAAUAGUGGCGGAUUUUCUGCCUCUCCUAUGGCCCAGCAACUCCAGCUUCCUCUUCCCGGAGUGCCUGAUGGGGAGCUGUCAGUACACCCAGCUGCAGGAAUACAUCCGCCUGCUGCAGCCGUGGUGCCAUGUGAACAUGGGCUCCUGCUGCUUCAUGAUGGGCAGGUGCUACCUGGUCAUGGGUGAGGGGCACAAGGCUUUGGAUUGCUUCUGCCAAGCUGCCUCAGAGGUGGGAAGAGAGGAGUUCCUGGACAGGCUGAUCCAGCCCGAGGAGGGCGAGGUGGUCUCCACGCCGCGCCUGCAGUACUACAACAAGGUCCUUCGCUUGUUGGACAUGGUGGGUUUGCCAGAGCUGGUGAUCCAGUUGGCCACCCUGGCCAUCAUGGAAUCAGCAGAUGACUGGAGGAGCCAGGCUACUUUGAGGACCUGCAUCUUCAAGCAUCACUUGGAUUUGGGACACAACAGUGAAGCAUAUGUAGCCUUAACACAAAACCCAGAUCCAGGCAGGCAGCUGGACUGCCUGCGCCAGCUAGUGGUGGUUCUCUGCGAGCGAUCCCAGCUCCAGGACCUGGUGGAAUUCCCUUACGUGAACCUGCACAACGAGGUCGUCGGGAUCAUCGAAUCCCAUGCUCGGGCAGUGGAUCUGAUGACUCACAACUACUACGAGCUGCUCUACGCCUUCCACGUCUACCGGCACAACUACCGGAAAGCUGGAACGGUGAUGUUUGAGUACGGCAUGCGCCUGGGCAGGGAGGUGCGGACGCUCCGGGGGCUCCAGAAACAGGGGAAUUGUUUCCUGGCUGCUAUUAACUGCCUGCGGCUGAUCCGCCCGGAAUACGCCUGGAUAGUGCAGCCAGCCUCUGGAGCUGUGUACGAGCGCCCAGGAGCGUCCCCAAAGAGGAGCCACGACGGGGAGUGCAUGGCUGUUCCCACCACUCGCCAGAUCGAAAUCCUGGAGCUGGAGGAUUUGGAGAGGGAAUGUUUGCUGGCCCGGAUCCGGCUGACCCUGGUGGAACACGACGUGUCAGCAGCUGCUGUGGCAGGCAACUCCACGCCCGAGGAAACGGUGUCUCUCCUGGUCCGGGCCGGACUCUUCGACUCUGCCAUCACCCUGUGCCAAACCUUCAAGCUGCCCUUGACGCCCAUCUUUGAGGGCCUCACCUUCAAGUGCAUCAAGCUCCAGCUGGGAGGGGAAGAGGCGCAGGCCAAGGCCUGGGACUGGCUGGCAGCAAACCAGCUCUCGGCCCUGGUCACCACUAAGGAGUCCAGUGCCACGGAUGAAGCCUGGAGGCUGCUGUCAUCCUACUUGGAGCGUUACCCAUCCCAGAACAGCCUGUACCAUCGCUGCGUCAUCAACAAGCUCCUGGCACACGGGAUCCCUCUGCCCAACUGGCUCAUUAACAGCUACAAGGAAGUGGAUGCUGCCGAGCUGCUGCGCCUCUACCUGAACUACGACCUGCUGGAGGAGGCCGUGGAUUUGGUCCUGGAGUACGUGGAUGCUGUGCUGGGCAAAGGGCACCAGUAUUUCGGGAUCGAGGUGCCCCUGUCCCCAACAUCCCCCACGAUGUGGCUUCCCUACACUGCCAUUGACCAGCUGCUGCAGGCGCUGCGGGAGAGCUCCGCCAACGAGAACAGCGUCGUGCUCUACGAGAAGCUGAACGACAGGAUAGAGGACUACCAGCAGAAGGUCAGCACGGCCACCGUGGAGCGCCUGUACUGCCACCCCUAGUCCAGGUGACGUCCCCCGGGAGCGUCACCGUCCCAGCCCGCGGUGCUGGAUGUACUCGUCGUUUUUCCAGAAGGAGGGUUGUCCCUUCAGCGUGUCCCCUCACUUGUCCCCCCCGAGGGGCAAUGGGUGAUGAGCAGGGCUGGGGGGUCACUGACGCGACACCCGCUCGCUCUCUGCCUGCUCCGGACGUGGAACUUUUGGGAACUUCUUUUAUUUAUUGGUAUGUUUUUGGAUGAACUUUAAUAAAAUGGAAGCGUUA